GUCCAAGCAGAGUCCAAUUCCAACUGUAUAACUUCUCUCUACUCUGAUGUUUCAUCUACCCUUUUCCUUUCUUUUCACAGAACAGGAGACUAAGAGGUGAGAGGCAGCUUCUCUUCUGACUUGCCUACCCGUUUCCUCGCCGACUCUCCAGCUCCCUCACUCGCCAUUGUUGUGGUAACAAACCCUGAAAAUUGUUUCUUAUUCGAUGAGGGUGUUUAUUUAGCAUGUUGAAUGGUAUAGUUCCUUUGUGGGUUUGCAUAGUCUUAUAUAUGGUGGUGGUUUAUGGAUGUUCAGAAUUUCCCAAAAAUGGGAGGAUGCUCCAUUGAAGAUGAGUGGGAGCUCACCUCACCAUCUAGUGAAACUCGAACAAUCGUUCUAGUUGGACGUACUGGUAACGGUAAGAGCGCAACAGGUAAUACGAUUCUCGGGGAAGAGGUCUUCGAUUCGCAGCUCAGUUCAUCUGGCGUCACCACUAGCUGCGAGCUGCAGAUUGCUGUUUCGGAAGAUGGCCAGAUAGUCCAUGUCAUUGACACUCCUGGACUUUUCGAUGUCUCCCUGGGACGCGAUCGAAUCGUGGAAGAGCUCGCCAAAUGCAUCAGCAUAGCCAAACACGGGAUCCACGCGGUCAUCCUCGUGCUCUCGGUGAAGACUCGGUUUACAGAGGAGGAAGCAGCGACGAUUCGCAACCUGCAGCAUCUGUUCGGAAAGAAGAUAGUCGAGUACAUGAUUGUUCUGUUCACCGGUGGAGAUGAGCUCAAGAAGGGCAGAACUUUAGACGAUUUUCUGGGCCGUAAUUGUCCUCAGCCUUUAAAGGAAAUACUCUCACUCUGUCACAACCGGAUGGUGUUGUUCGAUAACAACACGAAGGAUGAAGCGAAGAGAGCUGGACAGGUGAAGGAGCUCAUGGCACUAGUGAACAAUGUCGUGGUGGAGAACGGUGGGAGGCCCUACACAGACGAUGUCUUCAUCGAGAUGCAGAAACGUGACAUGGUCCUGCUUGAUAAGCAACAUCAAGUGGAUUCACUGAAUUCAAACGGUGCAGCCACGAAUGAGGAACUGGUUAAGCUGAAAGAGGAGAUGAUCAAGUCAUACGACGAUCAGCUUAAGCGAAUCACUGAAAUGAUUGAGGAGAAGCUGAAGGUGACGGCUGAGAGGCUGGAGGAGGAGCAGGCUGCGCGAUUUAAGGCAGAGGAAGCUCUGAAGGACGAGAUUCGUAUGCUUCGAGAGAAGCUUGAGAGAUCUGAGAAGGUAGCCGAGGAGCUGCGUAAGGAGGCAGCUGAUCGGAAGCAGUCUGAGAAGCAGCAGCCGAAGUGUGCAAUCCUCUGAAUGAUGCACUCAGACUGGCGAGGAGCAGUGCACAUUUUCGUCUGUGGGGCGGAGUUUUGUGUUGGGGAAAUUUUCUUUUGUAAGUUUUGUGUUGGCUUCACAACUGAGGGUUCAGGGACUUGGUUCAGGGCUAUGGAUGUGUAGAAAUUAAAGAGUGGAACACAUCAAAGUUGGAUCUUACUAUUUUUACUUGACUGUGUAAGAAAGAAGUAGUUCGGAUUUGGAUGAAAGGGGGCACGGACCAAUCGCUCGAGCGGUUCGGACGGUUAAUCGGGUGCUCCUCUAAUGAAUCAUUCGGUUUGUU